AUGGCACCAACAUUCAUAUCUGAUGCUGACAAGAAUGUAUUCUCGUCUGUUGUAGCUCUCAAAUCCAAAAAUCCAACCUUGAAGGUCAUGGUGUCUAUCGGAGGGUGGAAUUUUAACAAUCCAGGGAGUGGAACAGAAACCAUGUUUUCGCAAAUUGCGGCAUCUUCUUCACUUCAAGGUGAAUUCAAUUCUGGAGCAGUGAAACUGCUGGGCCAGAUACAGGCUGAUGGUAUUGAUAUUGACUGGGAGUACCCUGGAGAUACAACAAGAGGUGGUUCGAGUGCUGAUACGAAAGGUCUUAGCACUUGGAUGUCGUCACUUGCUCAAACACUGGGCAGUCAACAUGCACUUUCUAUGACUUUGCCUGGAGCUACUCAGCGAUUGGCAAGUUUUGAUUUACAGUCUCUCAGUAACUCUGUAUCCUGGUUCAACAUCAUGUCAUACGACUAUGCAGGCACAUGGGAUUGCUCCACAAAUCUUGGAAUCCAACCCCAUGCUUCACUAGCCUCAAUGAAGGAGACCAUCACCACGUUGAAGCAAUCUGUCUCUGAUUUUUCGAAACUCGUGUUGGGAAUCCCAGCGUAUGGACGAACAUAUUCCUUGUCUUCUCCAUCAUGCAACACUCUUGGAUGUGGGUGUAGUGGAGCUGGUAGAGCAGUUGGUCAAAACUGUGCUGCUGAUGCAGCUUUGAUUGGUCAAGGAAACAUUGAACAAUCAAGAGCAGCAGUUAACGCUACUUCAUACAUUGUUUAUAACGGUAACUCCAACUUGUUGAACUACGCUGCUUUGGAGGAUGUUUCUGACAUGAUUGGAUUUGCUCGUUUGGAGUGUCUUGGUGGUGUUAUGAUUUGGAGUCUAGAUGGCGAUUCUGGCCACAAACUAGCUCAAGCUUGGAAUGAGAAGGGUGGUGGUAGUGGUAAUGGUGUAUUGAGUACAGCCAACGAACAUACUACUUUCUACCGCCACAUUCUCGUACUGGUCUUGGCAUGGUAUUUUAUCUUUACCUUCAAUGCUGCUUGA